AAAGACAUGCUUUGGGCGAUGGUCGUCUAUGCUCCGUUAGCAGGGCUAGACACCAAUGACCAUAAGCUUGCCGUUGACGAAGCUAUCAAUGCCCUAAAGGGCACCAGGCAGCUUUACAAGCUAAUAGAAUCGUCGCUAGGGAACUUGGAAUCUAUUCGAUCCACCAUGGAACUGGUUAUCGGCUCUACUCCAUCCCGCGGCACGAUUGGGAUGAUGAUCCGAAAAUGGGGAGUCUUCUGGGGCCUGCAGGUUCUUUUCUCAGCUCUUGGGGAGAUAGUUUACUUGAAACCACAGCCGGAAUCUCCAGACCCGGGUCAGGGGGAAAUCGAUUAAGUUUUACAGAGACAUGAAGCCCUGCUCUCAUUUGCCCAGAAACAGAGGCUGAAUUCGGUUUCGUCAAUAAGGCCAAUCUUGGAUGGAAACGCCAUAAAAAAGGCUCUCGGGGUCAAGCAAGGAGGAAAAUUCCCUGCCAGGGCGAUUGAAGUCCUGCUUGAAUGGCAACUUGAUCAUGAGGAGGCAGACGAAGCAGCGGCUGAGGCAUGGCUUCUUAGCCAGAGGGAUAAACUAGGCCUUCCAAUAGCUGAAAGCAAAUGAAUUCCUCGACUUGACCAUCCGACUCAUAGGGUACACCUUUCCAGCACCCUGUAAGUUGCUCCGGCCAUCUUGUAGCUUGGAAUGCGCGAACAGCAUGGUCGGACCUUGAACAGAGGUCUAGCUAUGUCCUUUGAAUGACAAGGCAACCGGCAGCGAACCCACUUAGACUUUCAGUUCAG